CAUUGUUUUAAUCUUUUAUUUCGUAGAUUAGAUUUUCGCAACUGCAAUAUAAACCACACUGAAUUUGAGAGUCUCCCAGAGAAGCGAGUUCCGGAUGUACUCUUGGUGAAACGUAUAAUUGACCGUCGGGGGAUAGGAUCCACUAAUCCUGAAAACUCUUCUACGGCAGAUCCUUGCUGGCGUCUUCGUCGUCUCCGCCAUAUCUCGACUUCUGAAAACCCUUCAGAUAGGGUCCUUCAAGUUGGGGCUGCUGGAACCGAGGGAUCUGCCGGUGCGAAGUCGGACCUCGUUAUGUUCGAAGAAAAGGCCGAAACUCUGGCCGACUUUAUGCAGGACCUUCAGGAAGAUGAGGAGCUGGCCAGACAGAUCGAAGUAGAGCCUAGUGAUGGUUCAGGUAGCCUUUUGAAACGUUAUAUCACUGUUGUUAAAAUUUAA